GGUAUAGAAAGCGACUCUGCUGUCAUAUCAUGAAAAUAAUAGUCUUCUCAUCUCGCGUCUGCUACUUUCGGGAAAAUAUUUGAAACAACGCUUUGCGGAUAUUAAUUGUGAAAAUAUUAUUUUUUGCUAUUGCAUCUUACUUAUGAUCAGGUAAUAAUCAGCUGUUUGUAAACAUUAGCAAUGGACUUUCAAAACCGCGCCGGUGGCAAAACCGGUGGAGGCGGUGUCGCUUCCUGGUCGGAAAGUAACCGUGACCGCCGGGAACGUCUGCGACAGCUAGCCUUGGAAACCAUCGAUCUGAACAAAGAUCCUUAUUUUAUGAAAAACCACCUCGGUUCGUACGAAUGCAAGCUAUGUCUAACUCUGCACAACAACGAGGGCAGCUAUCUGGCGCACACCCAGGGCAAAAAACAUCAAGCCAAUCUGGCCCGUCGUGCUGCUAAAGAGGCAAAGGAAGCUCCCUCCAGUAUGCAGCCGGAGAAGCCACGCGUCGAACCGAAAAAGUUUGUCAAGAUUGGUCGUCCCGGCUAUCGGGUGACAAAGCAGCGUGAUCCGGACAAUCAUCAGCAAUCACUACUAUUCCAAAUCGACUACCCAGAGAUAACUGAUGGCAUCAUUCCGCGUCACCGGUUCAUGUCAGCCUACGAGCAAAAAAUCGAACCUCCAGAUCGCAAGUGGCAGUACCUGCUGUUCGCUGCCGAACCGUACGAAACCAUUGCGUUUAAGGUGCCCUCACGAGAGGUGGAAAAAACUGAAGGAAAAUUUUGGACCCAUUGGAACAAGGAUACGAAGCAGUUUUUCCUGCAGUUUUCGUUCAAACUGGAACCGAAAAUUAUUCCACCGCCUCCACCUAACAUGCGCAUCCCACUGCCGGGAAGACCGAUUUUCAACGUGGUUCCAGGAGCAGAUUGGGAUUAAAAACGAGACAACUUUUAACUUUACCAUUGCAGGCUUUCUCUAUACAAAGGUGUUCUCAUCAAGCUAUUUCCAACGAUUAAUUCUAUGUUCAAUAAAUAGUCCAUUCAGUCAUUACAGUGGCAGAGGGAAACAGGGUUGUAUUUCCUCUUGGAAUUUAAUGCA